AUGCUAUUCCAUCCGGAGCCACAAGCACCUUCAGAGGACUCCAUGAGCAUCGUCCAGGAGUUCUGGGCUUCGGCGCCGAAGGCGUUACCAUUGAAGCUCGAGAGUCUUCUGGCUGUGUGGCUUUUGAACUGCUUUGAGCAUAGUGAGGAACCGGUGGGCUUCAGCACCUUCUUUUUGCCCGCCUUCAUUUCACAUGAUUGCAGACCCAACUGCAUGUGGCACUACGAGGGCGAUUCCUUCAUUUUGCGGGCCAGGCGGGACAUUUCGGUGGGCGAGGAGAUCACUGUGUCCUACUUGGCCGAGGAGUCCUUGUUGGAAUCCAUCACCAGUCGGCGCUCUCAGCUGGAGGCCACGAAGCACUUUAUUUGCAAUUGCAGCAGCUGCUCUUCAAGUUUGGAUCCAGUCCGCGGCUUCAAAUGCUUAGGCUGCCAGGAAGGGGAGAUUUUCUUUGAAUUUGAUGACCGGAUCAGGCCAUCAACGGAGGGCGCUUGCCGGCAGUGCGGCUUCUUAGCCACUUCGUCGCAAGCCGAAGAGCUAGUGGCGCAAGAGGCUAAAGUGGAAGAGUAUAUUCAGCAGUGGGACAGAAAAGAAGGAAGUGCAGCUGCCUACUUGACAGAGGCUACGACUGAACGGGCUAGGUGGAAUGGACCAUGCACCUCGGUCAUUGACAUUGCUGAACGCCUGGAGGAGAACAUGGCUCAGCUCUUCUCUGAGAAGCAUUGGCUUCGAGAUCGCGUGGCCAGGUGGGCUUCUAUUGACGUCAGGCAGCAGGUGAUGCAGCCUCAGCCUUGUCUUUUGCGAAGCGGUGCGCCAACUUCACCGCAGAGGUGUAUCCAGGUUUCAGUGCGCUGCAGGCAUGGUCUUUGGAGACCCAGGGUGACCUGGAGCUGCGCCUCGCGGGCUUUGCCGUUGGACCGGACUCGGUGUCUUUCGACCGAGGCGCAGGUGCAGCGAAGGACACUGCGUUGGACACUGCGUCGCAGGUCUGCUCCGUUUACGAAGCCUCCACUGAAGCCUUAGAGGCUCUCUUCGGCCUCGACCAUGAAUUCGUGGUUGCAAUCCGAGAGAAGCGCGAUGCUUUGAGACGCAUUGUGACGCUGCGGCGUGACACAUCCGG